CUUUCAUCAACAUAAAGGCUGGGAGGUGCCAAGGCCCCACCCCGACGAACGGGCGGAGGAAGGGCGGAAGGGGGCAAGGAACAGACCAAGGAAGAUGAGCAACACUGCCAGCACCGCGCCCUCCUCACCCCCUACAAGAUGGGAAGGUUUGAUCUUUCCCACAGGUCUUAUACUUGGGGCGAUUCCUGCAACAGGGAAACCAUUCGGGUGCUAAAGCUGCCAACCGCACUAAUUUUCUCAAUAAAGAGGAUUAUUUAAAUCCCGGGCAUGGCUCGUGGAGGAUCUUUUCUUGUUUGGAUGCUGCUGCCCUGUUGCUGUUCAUAUCUUGUUUUACCAUCAAGAACAGAAUUUAGCCCCGGGUUUUAACCCCCAGGAUAAUUGAGGAUGGAACCAUCAUGCUCAGGGUAGUUCUUGCACCGCUGACAAGGGAGCGAUCCUUCGGAAAUGUUCCUCAGCCUCAUGCCAUACUAUAUUAUCAACAGAGAGCAACCAAAGGAGGCCUUUUAAUUGCUGAGGCCACUGGAGUUUCAGACACUGCUCAAGGGUACAAAGACACUCCUGGCAUUUGGACAAAGGAGCAAGUAGAAGCAUGGAAACCGAUCGUGAAUGGAGUUCAUGCUAAAGGAGGAAUAUUUUUCUGUCAGAUUUGGCAUGUAGGAAGAGUCUCUAAUCACACUUUUCAGCCUAAUGGGCAGGCUCCAAUUUCGAGCACUGAUAAGCCACUCAAACCUGUAGCGAGAGCCAACGGCAUAGAUGCGCCUACAAUCUCAACUCCUAGGCGGCUACAGACUAAUGAGAUUCCUUUGGUAAUCAACGAUUUUAGGGUUGCUGCUAGAAAUGCAAUUGAAGCCGGAUUUGAUGGUGUUGAAAUCCAUGGAGCUCAUGGUUAUUUGAUUGAUCAGUUCUUAAAGGACCAAGUCAAUGAUCGCACUGACAAAUAUGGUGGGAGCUUAGAGAAUCGCUGCCGGUUUGCACUGGAAGUAGUUCAAGCCGUAGUUGAUGAAGUUGGAGCUGAUAAGGUUGGGAUAAGGCUCUCACCGUUUGCGAACUAUUCAGAGGCAUCCGACUCAAACCCAGAAGCUCUAGGCCUAUACAUGGCACAUGCACUGAACAAAUUUGGAGUUCUCUAUUGUCACAUGGUGGAACCACGGAUGGUGAAUAUUGGUGAAAAGUUUGUAACUCCCCAUAGUCUUCGCCCCAUAAGGGAUGCUUUUAAGGGAACAUUUAUUGUAGCUGGGGGAUACGACAGGGAUGAUGGAAAUAAAGCAAUCGCCGACGGCUAUGCUGAUUUGGUAGCAUAUGGGCGCUUGUUUCUAUCCAAUCCUGACUUGCCUCGGAGGUUUGAAAUAGGUGCUCCUCUCAACAAGUACAUAAGAGAUACUUUCUACCUCUCUGAUCCAGUUAUUGGAUACACUGACUACCCAUUUCUGCCGUCCAAUGUCUAGAUGGGCCUUUCAGGAAUAUUCAUGUAUCAGUACUAUGUUAAAAAGGAAUAAGGUCAUUGAUUUCAA